AUGGAACCGAAACAAAUUUUUAGGGAGCUGAAGCUGCCUCUUCCUCAAAACCUACCGCAAGCAGUAAAAAACCUGCUUGAAGGUUGCUUACAAAAGGAUGGGAAAACAAGACCAGCGUUUACGGGAAUUCAAGAGAGUUUUGAGGAAAAAGUGAAGAAAGAAAUAGAAAAUAUUAAAGAGGAAGAAUGGAAACAAUUAGCAGAUCAGUGGAAGAAGUAUGCCACUCAAGAAUUGGAAAAGAUGAAAGAUUCAGUAAAAGGAAAUCAGUUAUUGCGUUGA